AUGUGCCACCGCCUGCCCGAGUCCGUCACAUUCGGAAUGGGCGCUCUUGUAGAACCACUUGCAGUAUCACUCCAUGCCAUCAAAAGGUCAAUCAGUGGUCGUAGUGGGACUGGUGGUCCAUUGCCCGGGUCAAGCGCAUUCGUCUUGGGAGCCGGUACAAUUGGCAUGCUCACCGCAACCGCUCUUUCUGUGAUGGGUGUAGCUGAGAUAGUGAUCGCAGAUAUUGACAUCAAACGGCUAGCAAUAGCGGCGAGAUUAGGUGGUGGAAGGUACAAACUGCAGACAAAUCUUCUGCCACGAGAGUCACCAGCGGAGAAUAUAAUAGAAGCAUUUAGACCAUGCACAGUCAUUAGCCGAAGAACUGAAAACAGCCUUUGGGUUACCGAAUGGCUUCUCUCGCGUCUUCGAGUGCACAGGAAUGCAAACAUGUGUCCAGAUGGGCAUCUUCGCCGCAGCCACCCGUGGGAAAUUAGUCUGGGGUCGGGAUGGGCACACCCACUCAGGCCUUACCACUCGCGGCCGCUGCGCUGCGAGAAGUGGACAUCAUCGGCGUCUUCAGGCAAGCUGGAUGGCGUAGCAGAGGCACUGGUAACCCACCGAGUACCGCUAGCGGAAGGCCAAAGGGCAUUCAGAAUUGUUGCGAAUCAGACAAGAGAUGGAGAGGAUGAAGGCAGAGUAGCUGUGAAGGUGGUGGUCGUUUCGUGA